CAGUGGAGGCGGCCCAGGCCCGCCUUACGCAGGGUGUCGCAGCAGUGCCUCCGGCCGUGCCCCGCCUGCUGCGGUGGCCCCAGCUAGGGGGCGGAGUGGAAGUGGUCGUAGGGCGGGUAUGGGACUAGCCGUCGUGUGCGUCCUAAGACGCUCAGCGGGCUAUAUACUCGGUGGGUCCGCCGGUCAGUCUGUGGCAGCGUCAGCAGCAGCAAGACGGCGAAGUGAAGGAGGGUGGGCGUCUGGCGGGGUCCGCAGUUUCAGCAGAGCCGCUGCAGCCAUGGCCCCGAUCAAGGUGGGAGAUGCCAUCCCUGCAGUGGAGGUGUUUGAAGGGGAGCCAGGGAACAAGGUGAACCUGGCAGAGCUGUUCAAGGGCAAGAAGGGUGUGCUGUUUGGAGUUCCCGGGGCCUUCACCCCCGGAUGUUCCAAGACCCACCUACCAGGGUUUGUGGAGCAGGCUGAGGCUCUGAAGGCCAAGGGAGUCCAGGUGUUGGCCUGUCUGAGUGUUAAUGAUGCCUUUGUGACUGGCGAGUGGGGCCGAGCCCACAAGGCGGAAGGCAAGGUUCGGCUCCUGGCUGAUCCCACUGGGGCCUUUGGGAAGGAGACAGACUUAUUACUAGAUGAUUCGUUAGUGUCCAUCUUUGGGAAUCGACGUCUCAAGAGGUAAAAGUGAAGAGUCCCCUGUGGGGAGAGUCCUCUGUGUAGAGAAUCCUCUGUGGAGAG